CCGUGGUCCAGUGGUUGAGCGUUGGGCUCACGAUCCGGAGGUUCCGAGUUCGAAUCCCGGUGUGGACAUAUCACAAAAAUCACUUUGUGGAUAUAGUUUGGUUAGGACAUUACAGGCGGAUCACCUGAUAGUCCGAAAGUAAGACGAUCCGUACUUCGGAAGGCACAUUAAGCCGUUAGUCCCGGUUACUACUUACUGAUGCAAGUACGUUGUACGAAGAAGAAGAUUGUAUAUUUUCUCUUUUUAGUAGUCACGUUUUCAUAACCACAUAUUUUUAAUUUCCAAUAAAGUUAUCGCAGAUUGCGAAUAGCUUAGCAUUCUAACCUUGGCAUAUCUAUCUACCGUGCGAUAUCAUAUCGCGUUACUUAUCAAUCAUACGUCGAUAAUUGUUGACAAUGUUCUUGCAAGUUUUUGUUUAGUUUUGUACACUUGCAAAAUGGACGGACGUUCCCGGACUCGUAAAAAGAAAAUAGAAGAAUCAUUCGACGAAGAAUGUAAAGCUAUUGCCACUGAUGAUGAAAGGGCAGUAGAAAAUGAAGAAUGUUUGCAAGACCCUGAUUUCGAAGAAGAAACAUCGCUUAACGAAAGACGAUAUUCAGAUGAUAUCACCCCAAUAAAUGAAAGUGCAUUAUUUGAUGAAGAUACUAUUGAAGAACAAACAAAAGAAACCACUGAAAAAUACGAGGACAAGGAUAUAGUACAAGACGAUGACGUGGACAAUAAAUCAGAUGAAUAUCAUUCGGAAGAUGAUGCUACUGAAACAUACAGAAAGACAACAAUGAAUAGCAAUGAUAUUCAUGAACUAGAAAACCACGAAGAUGUUUUAGAAGAAAGUAAACAAGAUAAUGAAGACGAUUCAGUCGAAGUAGAGACCGUAAUAAGGCCUGUGUCUUGGAAAAUUGCUAUGUUUGAAAGCUUUUUGAAAAGUAGUGACACACCGACUCUAACAACAAUACAUGAUGCAAACAUUACUGAAGAAGAAGACACUAUUGCAAAUGAAGAGUUAAAUGAUGAAGAUGAAGGUGAAAAUGUAGAAGAUGAACAUAAUAAUGCAAUACAAGACACAUGUACUAAAGAAGAAACAGAAGAUGCCGCCGAGGACAUAGUUAAUACAAAAGAAGACGACACAUUGCAUGACGAUGAUAAUUCCCUAAUUGACGAAAAUGCAAUAACUGAAGAGAUCUUUACUAUUGAAGACGAAACUGAGGAUGAUAAUAAAAUAAAUAAGUCAAAACGCACUUAUUUUAAUAACGUUGACGAUGAAAAUUACAUUGAUGAAAGUUUACUGAAGAAUGAACAGGUCGAUGAAGAAGAAACAGUAAAUGAGGAGACAGAAAUAAUUGGUUUUAGAAAUGAUGCAGAAGAAACUAUAGCUACCGGUGAAGAGGCAUCAAUUGAUGAUGGUGAUACUAAUGAAGGACAUAUAGAUGAAACCUUGCUAGACACUGAACAAGUUGAAGAUGAAGCACCUGGGGAAGAAGAAACUGUAACUGACGAGACAGAUACGAUUAUUUUCAGAAAUAAUGCGUCUUAUGACGAAGACGAUGAUACUGCUAUCGAUGAAGACGCUUUAAUCGAUGAUGGUGAACCUAAUGAAGAAAGUAUAAUGUUAGAAGACGACGAUAAUAAUAUACCUGAAUUUAUAAGGAUGGUGCGGAGUUCAUCAGACUCGGUUUUGACGACUGGCUCGAUAUCGGACCGUAUCAGCAACCUGCAGCAACAGACGUCGGAGCAACAUGCGCCAUCGCAAGCCACGCUGCAACGAAACAAGAGCGCAUUGCAUUCUGGACAGAACUCACUAGGAGGCAGCAUGACUUCCCUAACAUCAGCGCCACCGACUCCAACACCAGCGUCCUCACUCUCCACAUCAGAUCUCUCUGAGCGACCACGAGUGUCUCACGGGAAACCGAACCUGGCCCCGAAGCCGCCUACACUGGCCCCAGGGGCCGUGGUUGACACCAGGCCUUCACCACCGCCGAAGAAACUGAUUGUUAACGGAAAGAUUGCUAGUAGGACGCAGAGCAUGAGGGUGCCAAGAUCGCCGCCAGUGUCCCCUCCGUCGCCUCAGGGCGGCAUGUCGCGGCCCAUGCAGCUGCCGCCGGCGCCGCUCAACCCGCCCAUUGGCACCAAGAACCCUGCCUCACACUUUGGUACCCUCCGCGCGCCCCGCGGGCUGCGCCCUCCGGGCACGUGCCCCCCGCCGCCCCCCGGCGCCCCGCCCCCGCCGCCCGCCCGUCACGCCUCCCUCACGGCGCCGCCGCCGCCGCCACACCAUCGACAACAUGUGGCGGGCGUGGGCCGCGACCCCCCCGCGCCGGCGCCGCCCGCGCGCGUGGCGUCGCUGCGCGGCGCCGACCUGGAGGCGCGCUUCGGCGAGCUGUUCACCCCGGCAGACAUGUUCCCGCUGCCCGAGCCCUUCCUGCGCGUCGCCAAGGGCUACAGCAGCUCCACUGUCACCGCGAAGGCGCCGGCGCCGCCGCCGCCGCUGCAGGUGCCGCUGGAGGGCUGGUCGGGCACGUCGAGCGCCUGCUAGCGAGCGGGGGGGGCCGCCGCCCCCGCGCCCGCCGCCCACCUCGCGUCCACGCAGCACCUGCC